AUGGCAUCUCUUACACCAGGGCUGCUUUUGAAACUACUCAGAACUAUUAACUCGAACGUAAGAGUUCGCGGUGAACAUCGAUCGAUCCUCUUGCAAGUGAUCAGCAUUGUGCCAGCCUUGAAUGGGUCCGAACUAUGGCCAAACCAUGGGUUCUUCAUCAAAAUUUCAGACUCUUCUCAUUCCACGUAUGCAUCUCUUUUAAAAGAUGACAACGAGCUCAUUUUGAACAAUAAAUUGCAAAUAGGCCAAUUCUUUUGGGUCGAUAGAAUGGAUGUUGGCACACCGGUUCCAAUUUUGGUCGGAGUUAGGCCUGUUCCUGGCCGACAUUCGUUUGUUGGGAACCCAAAAGAUUUGAUGCAGAUGUUAGAGCCAUCUGAAGCUAAAAAGCCGAGUGAAUUGGAGGAAUUUAAACAAGAGAGUACAAAAAAGAAAAUUGUGAUCAAAGAAGAAAAAGUUACAGUUGCUUCAAGGUAUAUGCAAGGAGUUUUGUCAAGAAGUGAUGGUCCAAAGAAGGAUGAAAAUGAGAGAAAUGGCACAAUCAAAGGCAGACAACAUGAGAUAAUUAAAGAUCAAGCACAAUUAAAAUCAAGCUUAAAUAAGUCUUCUGAUGCAGUAAGACCGCGGGUAGGUGGUGAACCAUUGACUACUAAGCAAGAAAACAUCAAAUCAAAUUCGGUGCAAAGAAGAAGAGAUAAAAAUCAUUCCUCUGAGAUACUUUCAUGGUCUUCCUUGCCUCCUAAACUGCUAAAUCAUGGCAAGGGAAUGAUAAGAAGAAGAAACUUAGCUUCUCUAGCCGCAGCAGAAGCUCAAAAGGAAGCCAUUACAGCAGCAAAUCUUGUCAAAUGUCUCGGAAUAUUUGGUGAACUCUGCUCAUCCGCGUCACACACAAAGCCCCAUGAGUCCCUGACCAAGUUCUUUACACUUUACGGGAUGAUAGAACAAGAAAAUGUCCCCAUCAAAUUAGAUGGAUAUGAUGAUCAUCAGCAGUUGUCAUGUAGCUCACCGACACCAGAAAAUAAUAAGGGCAAAUCUGGAAAGAAGACAGGGUGUGGUCGAGGUACAAGUACAAAAAGGACUUCUUCAUUGGAGCUAAUUAGUGUUGCUGACAAACUAGAAUGGGCAAAUGGAGAUGGAUUAAGACAAGGGAAAGAGCUCAGAGAAGUCCUGCUAGACGAAACGCAGACUUGGUUUCUAGAUUUCUUGGAAAAGGCUCUGGAUGUCGGGUUUCAAAUGAGAAACCAUGAAUCGGUCGUCAAAGCAGGGAAAGGUAAAAGUAGUAGUCAACAUAAUAAAGCAGAGCCGAAAAGUCAGAUUGCAGUGACAUUAUCUCAGCUGAAGCAUGCAAAUGAAUGGCUGGAUAAAAUAAGAAGCAAAAUGGUCGUCAUAGAAAACAAAGGAGGAUCAGUUGUUGUGGAAACUAUCGACCGUCUAAAGCAAAAAAUAUACGCCUGUUUGCUGGUUCAUGUGGACUCGGCUGCAUUUGCUCUAGAUCAAACCAAAUCAGAUCGCCGUGUAUGAUAUUGGAUCACCUUUAUUAAUUUAAUUAUUCACCUAUUUAUAUUUACAUAUAUAUAUCAUGAACUCUUGACCAUAUGUUUUACCAAAGUUCAAGAAUCAUGACUAUAUAUAUUAUGUGAAUCUUUUGUACGGAUAGUAAUUAUUUUAAGGCCGGAUUAAGGUGUUUUUGGCAUUUUGCCAGAUAUUUUG